UCAUUUUGUUCUACUAUAAAUACCACUUGCUAAAGCUUCAUUUAAGCAUCCCAAGUCUUGAGCAAGCCAAAAAUACAAGACCAAUCCAAACCCAAAAAGACUUUACUCCUCCCGUCUACCCAUCUAAAAAGCUAAGCAAAGAAAAAUAAAGAUAGAGAUGGAGAAUUUCCCAGUUAUCAAUCUGGAGAAACUCAAUGGAGAGGAAAGAGCGGCUACCAUGGAUAAAAUCCAUGAUGCUUGCGCUAACUGGGGUUUCUUUCAGGUAGUGAAUCAUGGAAUCCCACAUGAUUUGAUGGACACUAUUGAGAGAAACACCAAGGAACUUUACAAGAAUCGUAUGGAACAGAGAUUCAAAGAAUUGGUAGCAAGUAAAGGCCUUGAAAACGUGUCCACUGAGAUUAAGGACAUGGAUUGGGAAAGCACCUUCUUCUUGCGCCAUCUUCCUGACUCAAACAUGUCUGAAAUCCCUGAUCUUGAUGAUCAAUACCGGAAUUUGAUGAAAGAUUUUGCUCUCAGGCUAGAAAAACUAGCAGAAGAGCUUUUAGAUUUGUUUUGUGAGAACUUAGGCUUAGAAAAAGGUUACCUUAAGAAGGUAUUUUAUGGAGGAAGGGCUCCAAACUAUGGAACUAAGGUGAGUAACUACCCACCAUGCCCUAAACCCGACUUGAUCAAGGGACUCCGAGCCCAUACUGAUGCCGGUGGCAUCAUCCUCCUCUUCCAAGACCCAAAAGUUAGUGGCCUUCAACUCCUUAAAGAUGAUCAAUGGAUCGAUGUUCCUCCUAUGCGCCAUUCCAUUGUUGUCAACCUUGGUGAUCAACUUGAGGUGAUUACUAAUGGGAGAUACAAGAGUGUGCUGCACCGUGUGGUGGCUCAAACAGAUGGAACACGAAUGUCAAUUGCAUCAUUCUACAAUCCUUCAAGCGAUGCAGUGAUCUUUCCAGCACCAUUAUUGGUAGAGAAGGAUGCACAAGAACAUAAACAAAUUUACCCAAAAUUUGUUUUUGAUGAUUACAUGAAGCUUUAUGCAGGCCUUAAAUUCCAGCCCAAGGAGCCAAGGUUUGAAGCUAUGAAGAAUAUGGAAAAUGGAGUCACCUUGGGAAGUGUUGCAGCUGCUAAUUAGGCAAGAAAAUUUUGGUUCUUAGUUACUAUAAGUAUACUUGAAAGUGUUUUACUUGAUGAAAUAAUUAUAUUUUUUUGUUGUUAGUUAUAAUAACAUGUAAUUUUCAUUUUAGUGUGUCCACGUACAAUAAAAUUUUGGUUGUACUUUUGCUUGGUUAUAAAUGAGAAAUGGUCCAAUUUCCUAGCUCUAUUUUUGCUUGCAAAUUA